UUUUCCCGGAAGCUGACAGUCAUCUGAUCAUUUUUUCAGUUUCCUUGUUAGCCAACGUCGGCUCCAAUCUGCGAAACUCGUCUCAGUUUAUACUUUUUUUCUUACUCUUUCCGUCUGCUUCUCCGUCCUAGGAACUAUACCAACAUCACGUAAACGUCAUAAUUAUGAACGAGACGAGUCCGCUUGUCUCUCCGCUACGGGACUCGAAUGAUUUCAGCUACUGUCCCACAGAGCCUACCAGCCCCCGGGGCGCAUUUGGAGGUACGCCGGGAUCAGUGGUACGCAUCCCCGCCGGCAGUCCGGGGCGCAACCGAGAGAGACAACCGCUUUUGGACCGGGACCGUGGAACUUCACCGCGGGAGCCACACCGAAACGAAUUCCCGGAGGAUCCCGCGUUCAGAGAGAUCAUCCGCAAGGCCGAGCGAGCCAUUGAGGAGGGGAUCUACCCGGAGAGGAUCUACCAAGGAUCCAGUGGAAGCUAUUUCGUCAAAGACUCACAGGGGAAAAUCAUCGGCGUGUUCAAACCGAAGAACGAAGAACCCUACGGCCAGCUUAACCCCAAAUGGACUAAGUGGCUGCAGAAACUGUGUUGUCCGUGCUGUUUUGGUCGUGACUGUUUAGUUCUAAACCAAGGCUACCUCUCGGAGGCCGGUGCUAGCUUGGUCGACCAGAAACUUGAACUGAAUAUCGUUCCCAGGACCAAGGUGGUCUACUUGGCGAGUGAAACGUUCAACUACAGCGCCAUCGACAGAGUGAAGUCUCGAGGAAAAAAGCUAGCAUUAGAGAAGGUGCCAAAAGUGGGCCAACGGUUCCAUAGGAUCGGCUUGCCCCCGAAAGUUGGUUCCUUCCAACUCUUUGUGGACGGAUACAAGGAUGCAGACUUCUGGCUGCGCAGGUUUGAAGCCGAGCCUCUGCCUGAGAACACCAACCGUCAGCUUCAGCUGCAGUUUGAACGCCUCGUAGUACUGGAUUACAUCAUCAGGAACACAGAUCGGGGAAAUGACAACUGGCUGCUUAAAUAUGACUGCCCAAUGGACCCCGUGGGCAACAGGGACACAGACUGGGUUGUCGUGAAGGACCCCAUCAUCAAGCUGGCAGCCAUAGACAACGGUCUUGCCUUCCCUCUCAAGCAUCCCGACUCUUGGAGAGCAUAUCCUUUCUACUGGGCGUGGCUCUCCCAAGCCAAAGUUCCCUUCUCCCAGGAGAUACGGGAACUGGUACUACCAAAACUGUCAGACCCAAAUUUUAUCAAAGACCUCGAAGAAGACCUCUAUGAACUAUUCAAGAAAGAUCCUGGUUUUGACAGAGGACAGUUUCACAAGCAGGUUGCUGUCAUGAGAGGGCAGAUCCUGAACCUGUGCCAAGCCCUGAAGGACGGUAAAACGCCUCUCCAGUUGGUUCAGAUGCCCCCCGUGAUUGUCGAAACAGCCAGAGCCCCCCAGCGAGCCAACAGUGAGUCAUACACACAGAGUUUUCAGAGUAGAAGACCUUUCUUCACCUGGUGGUAAAGGAGCAGGGGAAGAACAGCAAGAAGCGGGAGCGAGGAAGAGUACAGGUUAGUCUCCUGGAAAUGGAUUUAAUUAUCAGCACCCCCUUCCGCUCCAAACGGACACUGUGAUUAUGGAAAAAAAAACGAGUGUUGAGGUCAAGAGAAAAGGUCCAAAGAGGAAGCGCUUCACACCGCUGCUUCCCUGUUUUCCCUGAACGCCUCGUUUGGGUGUGAAGAAGGACUGCAUACAUUUUUUGAAGAAUUGAGAAGUUGCUCUUUGCGAAGAGAUGUCACUCCCCGGUAGCUUGUGUGUGUGUGCUCGCUCACACGUGCACGCCAGUCACGACCUUCUCCGACUUGACAAGGGAGGGGUUUCGCAUUCCGUGUUUUCUUUAUACCGCUCUGCCUUUUAACAUUUACCUGAAUAUUUACCACUUCCGCACUCUUUAACGGCUCUACCGGCCUUUUCAAUUUAACCGUGAGAAAGCAGUGUUCAUCAGAGUUAUAAUGCCUGAUCAUUUAGGAAAUGCACACACUGUGCAUGUGUCUUCACGCGGAACACAGGUCUUGUGAACAAGUUUCACAGUCACACAUGGAUUCUCCUAACAGCUCAAAUGAGGAUGUGCGAGUCAUGUGGGGUGACAACGGAGCGCCGAGAGGGUACGUGUGGUUAGCGGCGUUUUCUUGCGCCGAGAUGCUUACAAGCCCCAAUUAUUUCCGCUUUCACAGAUGAGUUAAUUAACUCGAGGCAAAAUCAUAUUCUCGACUACCAAAAGGGUGCCGAAAUUUUUUUUUUGAUUUCUAGUUUUUUUUUUUCUCACUUGUCAUGUGGCGCUGAGUAACAUCCUGCUGUACGGAAACAGAUAUGAAAUGUAUUGUGACAAUGCACUGUAUAAUUUGUAUGUAAUAUUUAAUGAUAGAUUAUAAUAAAAAAAAAACAUGUUCCAUUCCUACUGAAGAAUU